AUGGAAACUGUACCUCUGUUGCUACUUUUCGUAUUAGUUAUUUUAAAGACAAUUCCCGUGGAAAUGUCCUCUUAUCAGGAUUUCCUUGACCUUGGUGACGACAUUGAUGGGUAUUCAAACCUGAGCACCAAUGACGAGGAAUUAGAGGAUGCAAGAAGGAAGGCAGUUGACCCACAGGGCAGUUGGCUAUCAUUUAUAGAACAUUCUAAACGUAUUCCGGACGGUAAACAAUCCGGACGGAAGCGGAAACAUAAACGGAACAACAGAUUGCGCUGUCCGCCAGGACCUAUGGGACCACCUGGCCCCCAAGGUCCUCGGGGAAUCCCGGGACCCCCCGGGGCUACAAUAACUCAAGAUGAAAUGAUGAGAGAAUUUCGGGCGAUGGUUAAAGAAGCUGCUGAAAAAAGAGCAGAGGAGUUGGUCAGUGAAAAGUGCAGCGCGUGCCAGGAGGCGGUGAACGGAAGUAGAAUUCGGGUUCCACAGGACGAUGCGGAAAUCUUGUCACAUGUUCCCCGAAUAUCUGUUGGCUUCCACAUGCAGCUCCGAAGAAACAUUGUGGUGUCAGGAAAAACUUUUCUGGAACUUAAAACAUUUCAUCAGCCUUUUGCCGGCGGGGCGUUUCACAGGGGUGAUACCUUCAACGCGAGGAGUGGUCGAUUUUCAGCACCUACUGACGGAAUAUACCAGUUUUCGCUCAAUCUUCAUAUUCGGGCAAAAAAGAAAAGUAGAAGAAGUAGUCUGAAAAAACGAGAUACGAUCAACACUCAAGUCUGCAUAGAUAGUUUAUGUCAAAAUUUUGCCUCCUUGAAGCAUUAUACUGGACUAGAAAGUAACAGUAAGGUGUUUACCGUGAGUUUCACAGGAUUUUUGGAACUAAAGGUCGGUCAAUACGCCUCUGUGUACGUUGACAACGCUUCCAAUCUAAAUGCCGUGGUACAGAGUGGGUCAGAUUUCACAGGUUUACUGAUAGGAUCGUGA